GAUUUGAGCAAGGAUUGGACUUCUGGACCUUCACCAGACCAAUUACAUUUUAUUCCCAUGAAGUAUAAGAUUAAUUCUCGGUUUACAAAUUUUAAGUUGUACCUUUAUGUCAAUGAACAUAAUAUUAUAAAUGAUCCAAUGGACAUAGGCGAAAAUA